AUGGAUCAUCAGAAUAUUCAGGCGUUCGAUGGCGGUUACGCCCAGUUCCAACCUCAGGACAACCAAGAAUGGGAUAUAGCUUCCCAGGGCUACAUCAACCCCAACAACAACAAUAGCAUUGCUUCAUGUCCUCCACACCCUGCCCACCAAGGCAACUUCCAGAUCAAUCCUAUGCCACAACUUGGCUUCGGUCAAGCUUUUGGACCACAGCAACCACCGCAGCAGUACGCCAACUCAGACAAUAUUCAACCCAACUUUCAUCAGAUUCAGAGCACUGGCCCACAGCAGUCUAACUUCCCAUGCAACCCUGGCAUGGGUGGCCCCAAUGGGAACAUUUGGUAUAUACCGCCUGUAUACAACAAUGGCAUCAGUCAAAUACCUGAGCAACAACAAAUUCAGUUCUCCGGAUUGAAUCAAGCCCAGAACCUUGCCACACAACAGUGGGCUCCAAUGGAUAACUCCGGCAUGUUUAACCCAAGCUCAAAUACGAACAUGCCUCACGGAUACAACACCCGUGCCAACAGUCAAUACUUUGGGACACAGGAACAAUACGUCAACCCUGCCGUACUCCAGAUCAAUAAUCAUUUAGGCCCGAAGUUUGGCAUGAAUAACUUCGAUCUCACCGAUAACCUUGUCAUGGGGAACUCUGGCUCAAAUCUGAAUGACACACCCCACGGCAACAAUAACAUCAACAACAACAACAUUGUCAACGCCGAUGGUGGUCUUGUCGACAAUCUCCCUGAGGUCAACAACUCUGGAAGCAGCUCCCCCAGCAGGAUUACAUCGGAUAUCAGUGCUGCCAGUAACGCUAACGAGGGAGACGCCCAAAGCAAGCCUGUCCCCGAGCUCGGUUCUGGUGACUCCUUAACAACAGGCAAGCAUUACGAGGAUUUCACCCCUGGUUUGGAUUCUAUCUUCGAAGGAAAAGGCAGCGAUGCCCAGAAUGCCCCUGAGCUAAGAGCUUCAGAGCCUGAUAGUCCCGCGCUUCACGGGGAUGAAGUCGUCGAUUCAGGAGUCGUGGAGAACCAAGAAGAAACCCCCGCUUCAAAAGAUUCGGAAGACGAUGAUCUUUUCGACGCAAACGGAUCCGUCGACUCUGUACAGAUACCAGAACACUAUCUGGUAGUAGUCUCACCACAACAACCACCGCCGCCGCAGCCAGCGCUGGGACUUGAGCCGUUGGUCCAAGUUCAGGAUUCUAUACUACCAGUUGGGGCUCCACUACCAUUACCACCGCAACCAGCUCAGCCUUUGAUUCACAACCAAGACCCUAUGUUGUCAGCUGUGGCACCGCAACAAUCACCACCACCACUAGCCCUGGAACCCCAGCCUUUAGUUCAAGCUCCAGCCCCAGUCAGUGGCCAGGCGGGAGCCCCUGAAGAGAUCCAUUCUCCGGUCUCAGCUGCCACCAAACGCAAAGAGGCAAAGGCCGACAAGACCGGCAGGGUUCAGAAGACCAAGAGGGUAGUCAGCACCGGCCGAGGCGUCACUUGUCAACAAUGUCAAAGGUCCAAGACCAAAUGUGUGCGGCCCAACGGCCUUGGAACGGCCUGCAUCUUGUGUGAGAAACGAGGCAUCUCAUGUGCGGCCGGCGAAUCGGACAAGCGCACCACUAAUGCCAACAACGAGGAGCUGCGUCAGACAGUGACGGAAAUCGACAACAGGGUGUUUGAAGCACUCGAAUGCCUGCGCACAGCGAUGGUGUGUCAGCAUUAUCCGUGUGAAGAGACUCCGGGAAUCAUUCAGCUCUUGCAACAGCGCCUCACUCUGGGAGAGUCGUCCUCGAUCAUUUUCAAGGCUCUUUCCAGCUUAUACCCCAACGCAACACAAGGGAUACAAGUGCCAUUGCCAAAUUACUUGGAACGUUUGAGGCAAAUAUACGACCCGGAGACUGCUUUAUACGACCCAGAUCAAAAGCAAAAGGCGCAGCAAAUGCGGAAGAUCAGCAGACAGUACACUGCCGAUGGAGAACAGUAUAUCGCCGAGGCCAUGAGGCUGUGUACCACGCACGUCGGCAACUAUCUGGCAGCCCAAGCGGCAGUAGCAGCAGGGCAGCGAGAGAAACAACCGGAAGUUUACGUUGAGCCAAUCUCGCAACAAGGCGGCGAGGCUUCUUCGGUCGAGAUGGCGAGUGGAAACGCCAUCGCCAGCGAGACGCCAAACACUGGCGCCGACCCACUGUCUGAGUCGGGUCCUCAGGUGCCGGCGACUGUCGACGCUCAGAAUGCUGCAGAGGACAUGGAGAUGCAAGACAUGCUGUUGGAGUACUUGAACAAUGAUGGUGCUUAG